CUGUCUUUAAUGUUUACGUGAACAUGUGUAAACAUUACUUACGUAAAAUUCUAACAUUUAUUAUGGCACCUUUUAAUAUUUGUAUAUUAAAUGAUUAAUCUUUGUGUGAGAAACUAUUGAUCGGAAUGAAUAUCAAAGAAUAAUUAUUUUUCGAUUUACGAAGAUAUAUUUUAUAAUGCUGAAAAAAGAAAUAACAGAUUUUUAUUAUUUUUACUUUACUUGAAUUAUCUUUUUUAAAAAGAAAAAAAUGAUUGUUUUACAAUUAGAAUGAGUACUCCAUUAAUCAGUGAAUAUAAAAGACCAUUCAUUGUUCGACGUCUGUUGCAAACAUUUUUAGGUGGGCCAAAAAUUAAAUUAGGGUUCAAGGCUCCUGUAUAUAUAUAUAUAAUUCAUAUUGUAUUGUUUUUAAUACCAUGGAUUUUAGCUGAAUUAAUUACACCAUUUGUUGACAAUGAAGAAGUAAAUAUUACAAUUGCUAUGUAUAUAUAUGGUUCAGUAAUAGGGGCAUUAGUUCUGUUGAUACAAUUCCUUAAUUACUUUGCUCAAAGAGAAACCUCUGUUGUUUCUAAGAUUAACAAAACUAACCAUUUACUUGAAGAUGAUGAAGUAGAAUUUUCAUCUUGCUGUGGAAUUGAAACAUACCAGUUUAUUUUUGCAAGAAAAAAUACUUGGUUCUAUAUAAUAUGCUACAGCUUAAUUUCUGCAGUGGUAUGUGCUACAGGUUUGGAAUAUUUCUAUAUUCCUACAUUAAAAGAAUGGUGGAGCAAUAAGUUAACAGCUAUUGUAUUACAUGUAUUUGGAUGGCUAACAAUUUGUAUUAGUCAAUAUUCAUUGACAGUUGUUAAUCCGUCAGAACCUGCCAUAUAUAAUAAUGAAAAACAUCAUUUCAUGAAAACAACCUUUCGACCAUUCUAUGUUUGUUGCAUGUUUACAGUUCAUUAUGUUUCUUGGAAAUAUGAAUCAUGGAAAGAAAUAGAUGGAUAUCUGCACAUCAUUUUUGUAUUAUUGCCAUUGCUUUGGUUGUUAGGAACAUUACCUCCUCAAGAUGCUUUAUUGUUAUGGGCUGAAGAGCAAUUACUUUGUGUUGGAUUAGGUGGAUCAACAGUUCCUUCAGAUUGGUGGUUAACAUUUAGCCUUGGAAUAUCAAUAGGUUUGAUGCUGGUUAUUUAUUUUCUGCAAAAUUGGACUGUUAUAUCUAUUGUUGCCUCUUGUUCAUGCUAUAUUCUUAGUCUUGAUUUAGAAUCAAUUUGUGGUCAGCACUUGAAAAGACUUUAUUCAAAUUUUUCCAAGAAAAAUGUAAAUAAUCAAAAAGCUUCAUCAUCAUACAAAUUUAAACCAUUUGUUUUUCAUAUAAUUAUGAUUCUAGUCACUGGAUUAGAAGUAUGGGGUUGUAAUCAACUUGACAUAAACCAGCAUCAGUCUGAACUUUGGAGAAUUUGUAGUAUUGUAACUAUAGCAACACUCAUUAUUGUUUGGUUAUUGGGUCAGUUACAAAGGAUAUAUAUAUUUGGAGGAAUGAUCAAAAAUAAAUUUUAUCCACCAAACAUUCAGAAUGUUGACUUAUUUCGAGAAAAGAAAAAAAAAUUUCUAUCUCUUCGCUAUUUAAGAAUUUCACUUAAGAUCUUAACACCUUUUCUGAUGAUAUUUAUUCUGUCAGUUUUUGGUCAGCUUGAUAGAUCUGAAGGAAAAUGCUUGCUGACAUCAUUAUCUACUGUUCGAGCAUUUCGUUUAACUUGGCAGCAUACAGAAAAUUUUUGUCUGGAUAUCUCGUUGAUGUAUAUAGUUAAAGAAUGUACAAAUAUAAUGUCAGAUCUUUCGAUUCCUUUUGUUGUUGAUUUGCUUAUUAUUGGGAUUGCUCGAGAUAGAUUAGUAGACCUGUGGAAGAAAUUAUAUGUUAUUUUAAUUAUAUCAUUUACUUCUAUUGCUAACAAGAAACAAAGAAUGGAACACAGUUGGUUACUUUUAGUAUUGGAUAUUGUGUUUCUACCAGUCAUUUUGAUUUUCAUUACAUUAUCAAUAGUUUUAUCAUCUCCAAUGGUAUCAUUAUUUACACUGCCCAUAUUUUUGACUGGAUUCCCAAGACCAAAUAAAUUUUGGCCAGGAAAAGUAGGAAUAACUCCAAGUCAUUCAGUGGAUAAUGUAUAUUAUCAACAAAUGGUAUCAUCUCUAAAAGACAAGUUACAAGUAGCAUUUUCUAGAGGAAGCUUAGGUUUUGUUAGUAAUGGAGAUUUUUUCUUGGCACGAUUUCAAGAUAGACUUCUAUGGAUUCAUAUACUAGAAAGAGGAUUUAAUUACUGUAAAACUAGUAUAAAAGGAUUGGAAUUACAAGAAACUUCUUGCCAUACUCUGGAAGCAUCACAGAUUGAUGAAAUAUUUGAACAGUCUUUUAAAAGAGAUGAUGAUGAUGGAAAACUUCAAAACCCACAUAUAUUCAAUACUUUGGUACCAUGUGAUGUAGUAAUAGCAAAGACGUAUUCUGAUGCCAGGAAUGUAUUAACUGGAAUUAUACAUAGUAAAGAUACUUUAAAUUUAAUAAAAGAAGAAUUUCCAAAGAUACUUACUUGGAUGUUAGUAAAACACAUCAUUUCAAAAAAAUAUAAAUCUCAGUCUAAAAUUGAUAAACCAGUUUCAGGUAUCAAGAGAAAAAUUCAACAACCAUAUUCAUCUGAAUGUAAUAUAAAUCCAAAUGGAGUUAAUAGACCUUUAUCAAGGGAAAGUUUUAAAAGUUUUUCAGAAUUUCAAAUUCAACCUAUUGAAAAUAUACACAGAAACAAUGAAAAAUGGGCAGAAAUUGUGCGUUCCCCUUCCCCAGUUUCAUCAUGGCCUGAUGAUGAUGAUCCUAUAGAAAGUAAUCCUGUUACAUAUGCAAAAAUAGAAAAUGUUCAAAUGAAAAAUUCAAAUCAAGACAUGCCAAAACACCAGCAAAUAACAAUUCCUGGAUGUCUUCAGGAAAUUAAUCUUAGUUCAACAAAAGAUGUUAAUGUUGAUGAAAAAAAGAAAUGGAAUGAUGUUAUGUAUUACUCUUCUUCUCCCUUGAUUCCUCCAAAAGAUUGGAUGAAAUAUCCUUCAAAUGUAUAUCUUUAUCAUGAAAAAGAAGUAAAUUUUUCUAUUGAUUGGUUUCAUAAAACAGUAAAGAUAUUAGCUGAAAGUAUAAAAGAGCUCAAUGUUAAUGAACUAUUAGAUGAUGUUAAUAUUCCAAAAAUAUAUGAAAAAAUAAUCACUUACUGUUACCAUGCAUUACAUUAUGAUAUUUUCUCUGUACAUGGACCUGAUGAUGUCUGUAAACUGUUUCUUGGAACAUUACCAACAUCACCUUUACAAGAAUGGUUAGAGAACUGUCAAGAUUUAUAUAUAAUUGUAUUAACUUCUUAUAGGUAUUCAGUAAAGUUGUCUUUAGACCAAACAUUGAUAGGACCCAUAACUAGUGAUGAAGAAUUUUAUGAAUAUCUGCAAGAGUAUGACGAUUAUUGGCACAUUGGAAUUGAUGGAGAUCAGGCUUGGAAAGAUGCAGUUCUUAGAAAUUGUCCUUAUUUAUUUUCUAUUAGUUAUGAUCUUGUUCAGGAUCUUUACACUAGUCAUCUGCUUUCUUUGGAAGAUCAACCCAUUUUUAUUGGUAGUUUAAAUUCUGCUCUUGUUCAAAGCAUUUGGAGUAGUUUAUGCAUUGAAUUAUUAUAUUUAACUAAUGACGAUGAUGAAAGAUAUAGUAUUCAAGCAGAACCAGUAACAUUGCGCAACCUCACAGUCCAGGCAGCCAAUCCACCACUUGGAUAUCCUGUGUUUUCUUCCAUUCCAAUACCAUUUUCAACUCUGUUAUGAAUUUUAAAAAACUACAAAGAAUUAUUUAAUGACAAAAUUCUCCAUGGAAUGAUUUAUUUAUUACUAAAUGAUGUACAUAAGAAAGGAAUCAAAGCAUUUUCAAAAAUAUAUAUAAGCAAGCUUAUAUUGUCAAUAUUCAUUCAUUAUCAUUUAUCUGUACUGUACAUACAUAUGUCUUAUUCAUAUGCCAUUGUGCCUUUCUUGCAUUACACAUAAUUGUAUUUUUAUUUAUUUUUCAAUUUUAUGUUGUUAAAUUAUUUUAGUGUAAUUCUCAACCUU